UGUGAUGCCUUUUAUGUGCAGGCGAAUCUGGAUAUUAGAAUUAAACCUCGUGACAUUCAGAUUCUCUCACUCAGCCUCUUCCUCUUUGUAUGGAUUUCUUCCAAGAACACAUUUUUAUUUGCUUUCAAGGAAAAUGGUUUCGCUAAGUCCAGGCACACUUCAAAAACUCUUGCAAAAUGUUGGUGAUAAGGAAUUCAGGGUCGCUGGUGAACACCGUUCCGCUCUUCUCCAGGUGAUUGGGAUUGUACCCUCUUUAGAAGAUGAUCCAUGGAAGAGCAGGGGUUACUAUUUGAGGGUUUCAGAUUCACUGCAUUCGGCCUAUGUGUCGGUAUCCGAUGAAGAUGUGGAGUUGAUACUGAGUGACAUGGUCCAGCUGGGGCAGUUCAUCUACGCCACUUGGCUCGACUACGGCUCCCCUGUCCCGGUGCUACGUGGCAUCAAGCCGAUCACCAAGAGGCGGCCUUGUGUUGGAGAUCCUAAGGACUUGAUCUCUAGUGAUUUCUUGAAUGCUAAGAAAGUGGAAACCAAGGCUAAAUCGAAGGGGAAAGUCAAGAAAGUGAUAGGGAACGAAGAGGGAGGUCUCAGGAGGCUAUCAUUUUCGAGUGGCAAGGCUGGGGGAGCUGUGGAGAGUAGAAGACUGAGCUUGGAUUCAGCACGAAGAGGAUGGGAUUCUGGUUUACAGAGUAAAAGUGGGAGCAAAGGUUUAUCAAAGUCUAAACAAAAGGACAGUUCUUCACCUUCACAUUCUGUUGUCGUAAAGAAGGCCCUCCCUAAGGAGUCACCAAAGAAGUCGGAUGUUUCACCUCUUAAAAGCAAGAACAUCAUUGUCUCACCUAAUCUUCUGAUCAAGCCAGUGAAGAGUAUGAAGUUAUCAAAUGAUACUAGCUUCCCCGUUGAUUUCAAUAAGGUUGUUCUCGGUUCCCAAAAAAGAUCUGAACUAAGAAUCUUGUGGGACGCUCUUCCUCCUACCAUAUGUGACCUUGGAAAGGAAGUUAGAAGCCACAGGAAUUCUGCAUGCACCUCUGCAGUUCGUGCAUUAGAAGAAGCAUCUUUAUCUGAGUGUGUCAUUCGGUGCAUGAGCAUGUUUGCAGAGCUAUGUGAGUUAUCGGAGAAAGAUACAUCUGGUCCAUUAGUGGAACAAUUUCUGAGCAUCCAUGAGAGCAUCAGAAAGGCCGCUGAGGUGAUUAGAACCCUUAUAAAUGUGAGGUCUUCUGAUGCAAAUGAUAGUACGGAUUCUGAAGCCGGGACUUGCUCCAUUCCUGUGAGUAAAAAUGCCUCUUUAUGGGUUCAAGCUGCAGUUGAGACCGAUCUUUCCAAAUUCUCUUUAUACAAAAAGGGAGGCGAAAACGGGAUUACAAAUGGUGAGAAAUGCCAUUAUGUUGUGAUAGAAAACAAUCCAGAGAAAUCUGACACGGAGAACUGUUCUACCAAACCCAAGAUAAGCCCCCGGAGCUCAAGCAAACCAGUAUCAAGACUGAAAAACGAGACUUCUCAUUCAAAAAGACACAGCACCACCACCAAAGGAAGGGAGGCUGAACGCGAAGCUAGGCCACCAGGAUUAAAACAUGUGGCUAAAUUAGCAGAAAAUCUGCUCUCGUUUUCACGUUCCUGGUUCUUGGAUUACUUGGAAGUUUCCCUAAGGCGUGGUUUUGGCUUGAGAAGGGACGAGAGUUCUCAGAUGGGAAUCCUUCUUGGGCAACUGAAACGAGUGAACCAGUGGCUGGAUGGUGCAUUUAGAGGAGAGAAAGACGAUGAGAGGAUAGAGAAGCUGAGGAAAGAGCUAUAUCGGUUUCUUCUUGACAACGUUGAUUCUGCAGUCUCUAACAAGUAGUGCAGUGCUUAACAUACGGUUGACAUAGUCGAGUUAUAGCUGCAUCCGUUGGUGAACUGGAUUGCGUUUAGUUUAGAUCUGCUGUGUGUCCAGGUUUUACUUUCUGGACUCCAAAUUAUUCACAUUCAAAUCAGCUAAUUGGUACUAAUAUUAGCUUUAGCUUGGAGUAGAUGAAAUAAUUGUAUAGAUGAUUGUUCUUGCUCCAACAAGACUAAAGAUGCUAGAUUUUAAUGUUCUUAUGAAGUUUUAUGCCUCUCUCACUCUCCCUCAUUGUCAUUGAA